ACCUCACAAAGCAAAGCAAGAAACCACAAACAAACUAAGAUUCGGUUUUGAUAAAAUGAAAAACGCCAAUACUAUAGAUCAAAAGACUCUAAUCCAUCUAGCGCCUUUCAAUUACUUCUUCCACUUCAAACCUUCUUGCCCAGCUAGAGUGUCUAAUAUAACACAACCUUGACCAGCUCUUGUAUCUUCCUCUUCAAAGUCAACCUAUCCUGCCUGAGAUGAACCGAACGAAAGACCAUUUCCAACAAGGUUACUGAACGUUGUCAUUUUCUUCCGCUCCUGGCUGCUUUCGUCGCAAGACUCCCUACGUACGUACAUCCUCGCCGGUUCUCUUGAAAGAAGAUAGCACAAGUUGAGUUGCUUGCUAUCCAAGGGACCAUGAAAACACGGCGGCAGCGCAAGGAUCGUAGAACCAGCAGCAGCCUUGUUGAUACUGACCAACAACAUUCAUCACUGCCGCUCCCUAUCGAUCUCACGAUCGACAUCUUCUCCAGGCUAUCCCUCAAGUCCAUUGCCAUCUCUCGUUGCGUAUCCAAGCCCUGGGCCUUCGUACUUGGCCGUCCUGAUCUCAGGGAUCUGCGCUUGACAAGGUCUCAGGCUCGCCCGCGUCUACUGUUCGCCUUUUGGGAAGGUAAUAACCUCUUCUUCAUCUCUUCACCUCAACCUCAGAGUCCUGAUGAGAUGUUGUCUGUUGCGGCCGAUCAUCACAUGAGUUUCUCCUUUGAUCACCCUGUCAAAGAUAUAUCUGCAAGUGUCAAUGGCCUUGUCUGUGUCCGUAUUAGUGGUCACCGGUUUGUAAAUGGAAGGAGAUUCACGGUGGAGGAGUCGGUGUUAUGUAACCCUAGCACGGGACAGUCACUUACUAUACCCAAAGUGAAGACAAGGAAGAGGGUUGGGAUAGUAAGCUUACUCGGGUAUGAUCCCGUUGAGAAACUACACAAGGUAUUGGGAAUGAUUUGGCUUCAGGACGGCAUAACUAUGGAGCAUCAAGUGCUUACAUUAGGAGCAGGAGGAGGAGGAAGUGAUGAGAAAUUGACAUGGAGAAUGGCUGAACGUGGUAUACCAUGUCCAUGUCCUUCUUCUGCGGGUACACAGAAUAUAUGCAUUGGUGGUGUUUUCUAUUACAUUCACGCUCAUAUGAUAGUUUCCUUCGAUGUUAGAUCUGAGAAGUACAGCUUUGUUAAGCCUCCGAAAGGGAAACUGUAUCAUAGGCUGCUAGACUGCAACGGUAAAUUGGCUUUAGUACCAUUGGGCAAAAGUUAUUAUUUCGAUAGUGAAACUGUUAAGAUGUGGGUUCUAGAAGACCGCGAAAGACAUGAGUGGUCCAAACGUGUUUACACAUUGCCCCCUAUGUGGAAAGAUGUAGUUGAUCCAGAGGAGUGGUUAGUGAUUGUUGGAGUGACUGGUCCUAAUGAAUUUGUUAUGUCGUCCGAAUAUUCAGGUGACCCUUUCCAGGUUUACUACUGCAAUUUUGACAAGGAGACUGUAACAAGAGUUGUAAUCCAAGGAGUGGGAGCGUUAAGGAGUGGCAUGGGGUAUUCUAUUCACACCUAUCCGAACCAUGUGGAGGAUGUGAAGCUUAUGGAAUUAUAAGGAUAAGCAUCAGGUUUUAAGAUUUUUUAUGGAGAAACUAUCGGUAGUGUUCUUGUUUAUUGCUCUUGUAAUGUCACCUUACUUCUGAAAUUCCUUAUCAUCAUUACAUGUUUCGGUUAAGGAGCAAAUGAUUUCAAUAGAAGCCAUGGAACAUGAACUCCAAUAGUACAAAAGUUUUUAUUUUACUCUA